UCCUUCUAUUUAAUCCGGCGUUCCUAUGGGACAGCAGCACGCUUCAGACAGAACAUGAUCGUAGGUUCACUCGGUGUGUGUGUGGAAGCAGCGCGCGACACCACGGGAGGCACCGGGAGCGCGUGUCGGUUUGACCGGAGGAAAACACUCUUUACCUAACUAAAGUGACGACUCGCGCACACGCAGGGAGGAAUACUGGGAAACACUGGGUUCCAGCCUAUCACGGGGAACACCAUACAAAGACAAACAACCAUUUUGAUUAUAUCACUGAAGUCAUGGUGCUGUGUGGAGCCAAAGCACGGCGCUUCUUGGGGCCCAACGUUUACACGGAGGCCCCCGAUGGAGGCUGGGGGUGGGUGGUGGCCGUGGCCUUUUUCUUGGUCUCAGUUUUCACGUACGGCACCAUCAAGAGUUUCGGCAUCUUCCUCCAGGACCUGAUCGAGGAAUUUGAAAAGACGAACAGUCAAGUCUCCUGGAUUGUUUCCAUCUGCGUCUUUAUCAUGACGUUCAGUGCUCCUCUCGCCUCGAUGAUGACCAACCGCUUUGGCUACCAACCUGUCGUCAUAAUUGGGGGUUUGCUCAUUUCCUCGGGCACCAUCGCCACCAGCUUCACCACCUCCAUCCAUCAAAUGUUCAUCACCUACGGAGUAGUUGCAGGCCUGGGCUACUGCCUGACCUUCCUGCCCACUGUGACCAUCCUCUCCAAGUACUUCACACGUCGUCGCUCUCUGGUCAUAGCUGUGGCUUCCACAGGAGAGUCUCUUUCCAUGUUCGCCCUGGCACCAGCCUUCUCCGCUCUGAGGGACCAUAUUGGCUGGAGACAUACUAUCGCAGUGAUAGGAGCUUUGCAGAGCAUCAUCAUCAUCUGUGGCAUUCUGCUUCGGCCCAUCAUUAUAAAACCCAGCGUGUCUCAAAAGACGGAGACUCAAGAGUUGUCGCCAAAGGAGCAGGACACACUCGGUGCACAGGAGAGCAUAGAGGGCAAAAACCCAGAAGAACCCAAGACCAUCAUGGACUCACAAGUGCAAAACACUGCCUACAGUUUGGACAACGAGCUGACCAGAAGCUCUGUGAGCACCAGAGACUCCGGCGUCCAGUCUCUAAACGACGCAGAGGAUAAGACUUUACUGCAGAAACGCGUGGAAAGCGGGGGCGCAGAGGUUAAGAGAUCUGAAACAGGGGAGGAGAAAAAGAACGAAGGCGCAGACGGACAGUGUGCGAAGGAUGAGGCGAAGGUGUCUGCAAAGAAGCUUCUGGACUUCUCCAUCCUCAGAGAGUGCAACUUCAUCUUCUACUGCAUGUUCGGGCUCUUCGCCACACUCGGCUUCUUCGCCCCUCAGCUCUUCAUCAUUGAGCUGAGUGUGAGCCGAGGCGUGGGGCGGGACCGCGCCACCUACAUGCUCUCCGCCAUGGCGGUAGCUGAGAUCAUGGGCCGCUUCUCCAUCGGGUGGAUCAUGUCGCGUGACAAGCUCCGGAAGAGGAAGCUGCAUGUUCUUCUGGUGUGUGUGAUUGCAAUGACUGCAGAUCUGGUGGGAUUUACUCUGGUCAGGGAGUUCUAUGGACUGGCUGUGUGCUGCGCUCUGUACGGCUUCUUCAUGGGGACGCUGGCGUGCACGCACAUCCCCCUGCUGGCCGAGGACGAUGUGGUCGGCAUAGAGAGGAUGUCUUCGGCUGCUGGUGUCUACGUGUUCAUACAUAGCUUUGCCGGCCUGGCUGGACCCCCACUUGGAGGUGUGCUGGUGGAUGUGACUCAAAACUACGGAUCAGCCUUCUACACGUGUGCGGCCGGCAUGGCCCUGAGCGCCGUCUUCCUCGGUUUGGUCAAACCCGCCAAGAAAGGAUUAAUCUGUGGGAAGAGAAGCUCAAAAGACAACACGGACGUUCUAAAUCCACAGUGGGACGAGUCCAAGGAACAGAGUGGAGAACGUUAACAGGACAAAGCUCCCAGUCCUCACAAUUCUUCUCAAGCAGCGGCCAACUCCGGCCACAUGGACGCUACCGGCAAUGAGGAGAAAAUCAUAAGUUAACUUAAGCUGAUAAUGAAUGAUAAGGGUUGUAAAAAGGUCAUAGGUGUAAAAAGACAUUUAAAAAGGAAACUGCUGCUGCCAGAGAGCCCCAGCGUUAAGCCGUUGUUAAACCGUUAAGCCUGUGAAGAUCUGGUUUUAUUGUGGUUAAUCUUGAAGAAACAACGAUGCCUUACAUACCUGAUUGUAUCACUCAGUGUUUUUAACAGUCACAAAUUAGCUUUGAUUCACUAAGCUUCUGAUAUGAUCUUGUUUUAAUGGACAGUGGUGACAAAUAAUAGUGGAAUGUAUGGAGUUGUUCAUCGCGGACCACGUCGAGUGACAUGAUGUGCAACUGGAGGUUUAUACUGUAAUUUCCAAAGAGAAAAAUGCAUCAGUUUUUAUAUCUUACAUGUUCUUACAUGCUGGUGAUUAAUUUAAGCUUUUUAUUUAAAUCAAACAAAGUCCCACCGUUCAAAAAGAAAUAAACAUUUAAUAUUUUUUAGUUUCUUACAAGCAAAUGAAGCAUCAAAACAAAGCGCACAAAUUCUAUGACACGUGUGUCAUAGUUUAAAUACAUGAAGCUCAGGAAUUAUGUGAUUAAGUGUUUAUUUUUUUUCAAGCUUUUGACUAAUGUCGAGUUGAAAAUGCACUACUGUUUUGAUACGAAAGGUCACACUAAUUGUUUUUGUAUGGACGGUGAAUCCUCACCUCAACCAAGGUUGUUAUCUGUAUUUUUUAAAUCGAGCUGCUCGCAAACACACACACACAAACACAACGUUGCUGGAGGUGCAGAGGGUUGUUUGACACACGUGUGUGUGUGUAAAUUAAAGUGCUCUAGUAUGUUACAAUUGAACAGCAGGAUCUGUUGCACUGUAAUUUUAGAAUUUCAUAAUUCCUACACCAACUUCAGAAUCCAUAGACACUGGAAUAACUGGAAUAAAUGUUUACUUUUA